UGGCGAUAUGACGCCAUAAGACUGCGCCACGCUCCUGACACUGUUGUGAUUCGGCUGAAGAAGAGGCAGAAGAAAGCUCGGUGAAGCAACAGAUCUCCACGGUGAUGUUAUAAAGAUGGAGUUUAUUAAAGAGGAGAGUGAAGACGUGAAGAUUGAAGAAGCAUUCAGAGUCAAACAAGAAGAUCCUGAGGAACAGACAGGCCUGAUGGCGCUGAAAGAAGAGAAUCAAGAGCUGAAAGAAAAAGAAGAUAAAGCUGAAAAAAAUGAUUUUAUGACGGAAGAAAACUUUUUUAAUUGCCCAGAGACUGAAAAGACUUUGUCAAGGAAAAAAGCUAAAAAGACUGCAACUAAAGGCAGUUACACCUGCCAACAGUGUGGAAAGAUUUUUAAUCAAAAUAGAAACCUUACAGUCCACAUGAGAGUUCACACUGGAGAGAAGCCGUAUACAUGCCAGCAGUGUGGAAAGAGUUUCAGUCAAAAAGCAAGUGUUAAAGUCCAUAUGAGAGUUCACACUGGAGAAAACCCUUAUACCUGCCAACAGUGUGGAAAAUGUUUCAAUAGAAAAGGAAAUCUGUCAGUCCACAUGAGAGUUCACACAAGAGAAACCCCAUUCUCCUGCCAACAGUGUGAAAAAAGCUUCACUCAGAAAGGAAGCCUUAAAGUCCACAUGAGAAUUCACACGGGAGAAAACCCUUUUACCUGCCAAGAGUGUGGGAAAAAUUUCAUUCGAAAAGCAAGUCUUAAAAGCCAUAUGAGAGUUCACACUGGAGAGAAGCCUUUCACAUGCUCUCAUUGUGGAACAAGUUUUAAACAUAAAGCAACCCUUAAUGCCCACGUUAGAAUUCACACUGGAGAGAAGCCGUUUGUGUGCGGUCAGUGUGGAAAGUGUUUCAGAUUUACAGUAACCCUUAGUCACCACAUGAGAAUACACACAAGAGAGAACCGUUCUAUAUGUCAUCAGUGUGGAAGGAAUUACACAGACAAGAAGCAUCUCAUGAAUCAUGUAAAGAUUCAUUUGGGAGAGAAGCCUUUCAUGUGCCAUCACUGUGGAAAGACUUGCAAAAACAAAACAAACCUUGAGGUUCACAUAAGAGUUCACACUGGAGAGAAGCCCUUCACCUGCCCUCAGUGUGGAAAGCGUUUCGCACUCAAAGGAAACCGUGAGGUUCACAUGAGGCUUCACACUGGAGAGAAACCUUACGAGUGUCUAAAAUGUAAGAAGAGUUUCAUGUAUCUUAGAGAGCUGAAAUGUCAUUUGCAAACUCAUUCUGAAAAGAAACUACACCAUUCAGUGUGUGACAAGGUUACUAAGAGGAGCAAUUUCAAAAAUCUUCUCCGUGAUUCUUUACUGACUCUUGGUGCCCCUGUCCCAUUCUUUGAAUAA